CUUUAACCCAUAUUACACAACCAAAACCAUCACGUAAAACCUCAUUUCUACUCGCUAUUGUUCCAAGAUGGCCUUGCCCGAAUCAUCUCCGCAAGUCUUAUCGAUACAAAGUCACGUAGUUUCAGGAUAUGUAGGUAACAAAAGUGCUGUCUUUCCACUAAAUGUCCUCGGCUUUGAAGUUCAUUCUAUUAAUUCAGUGGAGUUUUCCAACCACACUGGCUAUGGAAUGUGGAAAGGACAAGUACUGAAUGCAGAAGAAUUAGCUGAAUUGAUGUCUGGGUUGCAGAUCAAUGAUUUAGAUAAUUUCAGCCAUUUGCUGACAGGCUAUGUUGGUUCUGCUUCAUUCUUAGAGCAAGUUUAUGAAACUGUCAGACAGCUUAAGGAAAAAAAUCCUAAGCUUGUAUAUGUUUGUGAUCCUGUCAUGGGUGAUAACGGCGAAAUGUAUGUUCCCCAAGAACUUUUAGAAAUUUAUCGCGAUAAACUGAUUCCCUUAGCCGAUAUCAUCACACCAAAUCAAUUUGAGGUUGAGCUUUUAACUGGAAAGACUAUUACCAAUGAAAAUGAUGCUAUUGAGUGCAUGGAAAUUUUGCACAAAAUGGGAGUUAAAGUUGUGGUUAUUUCAAGCUCACUACUUGGUCCCAGCGGAUGUCUUACAGCAUUCGGAAGCUCCAAGCGAUCGGAUUCCAUGGAAGUGUGGAAGCUCGACAUACCCCGUAUACCUCACCUUUUCACUGGAACUGGAGAUUUAUUUAGUGCGUUGCUUCUGGCCUGGUUACAUAUAAGUAAUGGCGAUUUAUCCAUAGCCAUGGCCAAUAGCCUCGGCAGUUUGCAAGAAGUGUUACGUAGGACGUCAGCUUAUGCCGACGCGCAGGUGAAACUGGGAAAAACCUACGGUGCCAAAUUAUUGGAACUCCAGUUAAUUCAGAGUAAAAAAGACAUUGAGAAUCCACCUCAGACCUUUCAAGCUAUACGUUUGUCAUGAAAAAAUGAGGGCCACGCUCGCCCUGUUUUCUAGUGCACAUAUGGUGUGGUGACUCUGAAAAGACUAUAAAGGACCAAUAGCCAUAACCAAUCCUGUCUAAGUCACAACUAUCGUAGUCGGCAUGGAAAUCAUAUAGAAAACUGUCCUUAUUGGAUAUAACUCGAUAUAGAUAUUAUUUGACGUAGAGCUGUAUUUCGUAGUCCUGUUACUUUCCGUGUACGAUAGUGGUGAUGGUACAGUACGUUUCAAUUUUAACAUUCGUGCAGUUGCAUAAAUAUAGUAGUUAUUUCUUUUGAGAUCUUCAGACAAUUUGCAAGGGUAA